AGCGACUAAUUUAUAGAGGUCCUCAGUGAAUUGACACAUGACACCUGUAAUUACCUAACCUAACUUUUUUUAUUUUGAUUUUUAGUUAGUAUAUAUUGGUAUAUAUUAUAUAUUUGUGUUUGAAAGUUUAUGGUGGUUUACCUUCGCUGUUCUUUUUGCUUUUACUCGCCUAUUUGUUUGAGGGCAAAAAGAUCUUUUAAUUAAGUAACUUUUAUGUUCUUUAUCAUAUGACGACACUUAGCGAAAUUACGUUUCUCGUAACUCUGUGCUGUACAUUGUUCGCGGUACUGAUAUUCUAUAUUUUUAUAAUUCUGGUAGAAGAUAACAUAUCAUAAUUAAAGGUUAUACGGUAUUAACAAGCUGCAAAACCUGCUAAAUCAUUCCAUAAUUUCCAUAUUAAGGUUCCCACAAUCCAGCAUGUCCAGCACAAAAAUAGAGUUUGCCGUUCAAAUGACGUGCGACUCCUGUGUAAACUCUGUCAGAAAAACACUAGAGAAUGUGGAAGGCAUAAAGAAUGUUGAUAUCAAUCUUGAAAAACAGUCUGUGGUAGUCGAUAGCAACUUACCAACUCUCAAGUUACAGAAAUUGUUAGAGUCUAGUGGCAAAAAAGUAGCUGUCAAAGGAUUUGCAGGUAGCACUGCCGCUGUAUCUAUACUUGAGGCUGGGGACAAGUCAGUACAAGGUGUUGUUAGAUUUGUGCAAGUCAGCCCAAAAAGUUGUCUUAUUGAUGGUACACUUGAUGGGUUAAAGCCAGGUCCUCAUCAUGUAUAUGUGCAUGAGUGUGGUGACAUAUCUCAAGGUUGUACCAGCGUUGGAGAUGUCUUCAAUCCACCACAUGAACAAAAACAAAGAACAUAUGGCGACAUAGGCCAAAUGUCAGCCUCUGAAGAUGGAAGGGCAGCUUUUCGAAUUGAAGAUGAUGUUAUCAAUGUACCAGAUAUCAUUGGCAGAUCUUUGGUGGUCACGGAUGGGGAAGGUAAAAAAAGACUCGCGUGUGGUAUCAUUGCCAGAUCCGCGGGAUUGUUCCAGAAUCCAAAGACCAUAUGUGCCUGUGAUGGAGUGACUAUUUGGGACGAAGUGUCUAAGCCAAAGAAAGCUGCAUUGUGAACAUUCCUUUUUAUAUAUAUAUAUAUAAUGGUAUUUUGUUUAAAUGUUUUUUUCUUUAUAUUCAAUCUAUCACCACUUAGUACUUGCGCAGUUUUUUUGAUAAACAUGAAAAAAUGAAGGUGGUGAGAUCUCAGCUUCAAAAAAUGCCAUUUUUAUAAUAAAAAAUCAC